AUGACUCCAGUUUUUGAGGAGUGGGAGAAGAGCGGAGGAGUCUAUUUUACCACGUGUGUACCGAUGGUUGAUACAGAUCGAGGCCGACCGAAGUUACCUUUCAGCUUGGAAACCAUUCCUAAAGUGGACCAUUUCUCUUGCCAACGGCACCGCUGGAAUACUAACGAGGAAAUUGCUGCCAUUUUAAUAAGUUUUGAAAGACACGAUGACUGGUUGUCCAAAGAGGUGAAAAUCAGGCCUAAAAGCGGUUCUAUGCUACUCUACAGUAGAAAGCGGGUACGAUACCGACGGGAUGGUUACUGUUGGAAGAAACGCAGGGAUGGGAAAACAACAAGAGAAGACCAUAUGAAACUGAAAGUUCAAGGAGCAGAGUGUAUUUAUGGAUGUUAUGUGCACUCAGCGAUCCUUCCUACCUUCCAUCGUCGUUGUUACUGGCUCCUUCAGAAUCCUGACAUUGUGCUUGUUCAUUAUCUGAACGUUCCCUACAGUGAUGACAAUAAAAUACUCAUUUCUCCUAGUCUCAGCUACUGUGCUGAUAAAAAAGAAUGGACAAAAGAUGAGUUAAUUGUGCAACUAAGACCCAUGUUCUAUAAUAAGAAUGAACUAGAUUUGAACAAUGAACUAGAAAUUUCGCAGACAACAGAAACCAUUGAGGCUAUUGUUCAACAACUUAUGGAAAAGCACCAACCUAAGAUGACUGUUAGAACACAUGAGUGUGACACAACUACUCCCUUUAACUCAACUGUUGCUAGAAAGUCGGUGACUGUAGGACAUAAGAAAUGUAGUCAUAAUUUACAUCAGAUCAUCUCACCCAAAGCCCAGGCUGCAGCUUCUGCUGUCAGUACUGCCACUGCUACUACAGUAUCAACAGUAGCAGCUCAAACUUCUGUUUCUAAAACACCUAGUCCAAAAAACAGUGACCAGUACCAAUCAAACAACAACAAUGGCAGUAUCUUUACAAGGUCUCACAAACAAAAUGAGGUAAUUCUUGCUGCACCACAGGUACCAGAUGGAACUCCUCAAGAAGCCUCAACGUACCCUGUAUGUUCAAGCAUCAACACUAAUACCACAUCUCUGAUCUUAAACCUUUCUCAGCUUCAAACAGGUGGAGGACUCUUGAUUUUGAACAGUGCUGCAUCAGCAGCAGAUAUGGGGUUAAAUUCAACCUCCUUAACUCCUAUUACUCUACUUUGUGGCCAGAAUACAAGUACUUCUUUUAUCACCCCUGAAAAAUCAACUGGUGCUCUUGACUCAGACUCCAUGGAAACCUCAGGUCCUGUAUCUACACUGCAUAAGCAUAUGAACUUUGGAAAUGAAUCUCAUCCUAUCAAAUCAGACAUGUCCAUAAAGAGUGGAGAUUUUGACUUCAGCUCAAGUGUUUCUCAUGAAAAAGAUCCAAACCUAAGUCAGGCUCUUCAUGAUUUCACUCUUGAUUCUGAUGGAAGCUUAGCACUACUUCAAGAUCUCCAGAAUGAAACAUCUCCAAAUCUCUUUUAUAGUUCUUCAUCAUUAUUCAGUGAUAAUUCUUCCCCUGUUUCAAUUAAAAGAGAACCCAUCAACCACCCAGAAGUGGUGGUUGACCUGAACCCCAUGGACUUUAUUGAUAAUGAUCUUUCAACCCCUGAUGAUGAGGUGUUUAAUCUUGACACCUUUUACAUGCUCACUGACCUACCAAACCUAGAGGACCUUCAUUCUGACCUAGAGCCCGGGACUGAAAUUGGUGGAAGCAGUAGUACCACUUCUUUUGCAAGUUCCACUGCAACUUCUGUGUCUAAGAGUAAUCAUCAGAAUUCUCAAACAUUCCAAAGCACAACACAGCACAUCACCGAUUACUGUCCUCAUUGGUCUUUUACAGAAGGUAGAGUAAAAGUACUGAUCACAGGUCCGUGGAAUUCGACACAUUCUUCAUAUACAGCUAUGUUUGAUGGAAUCAGUGUUCCCACAACUUUGGUACAGAAUGGUGUUCUGCGCUGCUUUUGCCCUGCUCAUGAAGCUGGCGUAGUGACCUUACAGGUGAACAACCAAGGACUUAUAGUUUCUAACUCGGUGAUGUUCGAAUAUUGUCAGCGAAGUAUGAUAAAUGCCAUUAAUGAUGAACAAGACCAGUUUGGCGUAGAUGAAAGUAUAUUAAAGUUUUCCCUAUUGGAACGAAUGGAAAUGAUAGAAAAGAGAAUGUCAUUUAAACCACAGGAGUUGUCAGUUCACCCAGAAGGAAUUUUUACACAAGACUGCAUUGGAAAACAGAGAAGCUUCGAAGACCGAUUGGUGGUUUUAUGUCAACGGCUUCUUGGUGGAACUUGGAUCCAAGGGAGUGACACUAUUGUUCUAGAGACUACUUUUCGACCUGAUCUCACUUUACUUCAUUUGGCAGCAGCUCUUGGUUACAGCCGAUUGAUCCAUACCCUCCUGCAGUGGAGAGCUGGAAACCCUUCACUUAUCCUCGAGUCUGAAGUUGAUGCUCUUAGUCGAGAUAAGAACAACUGUACUCCUUUAUUGUGGGCCUGUGCCAAAGGUUGCAAGGAAGUUGCAUUAUUUUUGUACCAGUGGAAUGCAUUGGCAGUCAAAAUUCAAGAUGACCCAUUGACCUUUGCUCAUCAGAGGGGCCAUCAAGAGCUAGCAAAACAAAUUAAACAUUUAGAAGAAACUCAGAAUUCUCAAGAUAGGAAAUCAAGGUACAGUCCUAAAUAUCUGUCUCUUAUGGAAGGCAACUUGGAAUCUUCUAACUUUGAUUUCUCUGCUUGUCCAACUCCUAGUGAAAUAUCAAGUAAUACCAAUCUCAGAACAACUAGUUGCUCAAACUUGUCAUUACCAAUACUGAAUCCUAUACCUAAUGUGAAAACUAUCAGGAGAAAUGAGCAAUCAAACACUUGCAACAUGUUGUUGAAUAAUCAAUCUUCUAGUAAUGAAAAUGUCUACCCAAGGAUGACUAUAUCUGAUGGUUUAUCUAAACCAGCAAUAAACAAAAUGGAAGUUUGCAGGACUUCAUUUUUAUCUCAGAUUGACCAGAGUUUAUCUUUGCCAUUGCCUAGUUGUCCUAAUGUAUUCACCUCCAGGACUGGAGAGAGAGGCUGUAUUUCUUCACCUGGACUGAUCGAUAUAGAUAAAGAUUGCAACAGCCAGGGUCUUACAGUGGCUAAAAGAAAAUCCAUUUCUAGCUACCAACAGAGGAUUAGCAAGUAUGAUCUCAACAUGGAUGAUGAAAACAACCACGUUUUAAGCUUGGCUGAGAAAAUCAUUGCUGCCAUGCCUGACCACAUUAAAUCUUCUUCUGAAUCAAUCAGUGGGGGACUUGAAGGGCUGAUAGAAAUAGGAUAUGAAGAGAUGCUACAAACAGAGAGAGAACAACUUCAUGAGAAUUGCUCCAGUCAAGACAAACCUCCUCUAGAACUGUGUGCAAUGAAUGAAUCUCCUCAUUCUCUUCUGAAUGAAGAAUUUAGUUUUGCAUUGAGUGACCAUAAUUAUAGAUGCUGGGGUCAUAGCACUCCACAUUCUUCUAUUAGUCCUAACUCUUCAAGUCUUCAAAGUCCAUCUAGUUUCACCAUUGAGUCCUGCUCUUCAUCACCCAUCACUGCAGAUUUUUGUGAAUUUUUAGAAGCUUCUGGCAAAAUUAUGGAUAAUGAUUUCUCCAGCUUAACACUGUCAGACAAAGAACAGAGAGAGCUUUAUGAAGCAGCUAAAGUCAUUCAAAAAGCUUAUCACUCUUAUAAAGGUCAUCAAUGUAAAGAAGAUGAAAAAGAAAAGAUAGCAGCAAUAUUGAUUCAGAGUUAUUAUCAUAAAUAUAAGCAGUAUCUUUACUAUAAACAAAUGACAAGAGCAGCUCAAGUAAUACAAACCCAGUACCGGAAUUACUGUAAAUACAAACAACUCAAGAAAAGCCAAGAAAACCAAAUCUCAGCAGGUUCAGGCCCAACCAACAUUGGACAUUACAGAACACUGAAUCCUAGUUUUCACUCAGAAGAAGGGUAUAAUAAAUGUUAUAGCUCAAACCAUGGAAGAGCUCCAACUUCAAUUUUUAAACAUACGUACUCACAGAGAAGACGACAUCAAGCUGCAAGGAAAAUCCAGCAGUUUAUGAGACAAUCAAAAAAUAAUGUCUCAGACUUGUUGAGUGGAAGAGUGAUUACAGAGACAGUGUGCCUUAGCUUCAGAAAAAAAGAUAUUACAGGGUUGAACAACAGACCGGCAGCUACAGCUCCCAAAAUCUCAGGAACAGCUUUGUAACUUGAACAGUUGUUAAUCAACAAGUGUAAUGGUUCCAACUGAAACAGACCAGUCUUUCAUUGUAUUUUGUUUGUGGUGCAGUAACCAUUGUCUGAUGAAAUAUGAUCCUUGAGGAACAAGUUUCCAAUGGAAGGUUUUUAGCAGAAGAGGCUAAGAGUGACAUAACAUUCUGCAUUAACUGUUAAACAUUCUUCUAUUUGCUCACUUUAUUGAAACUUUUUUUUUGUUCUUGAUGAAUUAUACCAACCAUAGCAGGGAAGUUACUGUAUAACUCCUCUUUAAGACCUUGAAUUAAACCCAUUUGAAGUGUACACUGUCCUACUAAAGUAAUGAGGUAAAUUACUAACCAGCAAAUUCCUUCUCCUCCCCCCUAAACUUAAUGCUUACCUAUUUAACACCAAGUGACCCCAUAUGAAUGCAUAUACUUGGCAAAGAAGCAACCAAAGAUAUUUCCAGUAAUGUCUCAAAUGAUCAGUACCAUCUUUUGCCUUCCAUUUCACAACAUAAAAUCGCUUAUUAGUUAUAUUGAAUUAUUUGUUUGGGCUGUUUUCUUUUAUGAUGUUUCACUAUGCAAAUUAAUCUUACAUAUGAAAAGGGUAAAAUUGUGUUGGACUUGUACAUUCUAAUUUACGAAUAAUUUUUGUCCAUUACUUUCUUUUCACAUAUAAUAUCAGAUUUUGUUAUUCUAUUCUAAUUUUCUGUUUAUUUUUCAUAUUAACAUUAAGUAAAAUCAAACCUUUUUUGUCCCAGAAGUCAUGCGAUUACACAAUCCACCCCCCUCUUUUUUUCCUUUUGGCAAAUAUAUUAUCAAUUUUAAAAGUAUUUAGAAGAGAGGGCUACAUGGAAAAAAGCCAAAAUUUCAGUGCCAAAGGUGUAUUCCAAUAUAAAAUUUGAUUAUCAACACAUGUUUUGUGUAUUGAUUACAAAUAAAUAAAAGUAGUUAUUGUUAUCUUAAAUUAUGUACCAAUCAUGACUUCAGUAAUUAAUGUUUGCAGUAUUUGCUUUGUAUAAGCAUUUUUUAUGUUUUACCCAUAAUAUUUAGUGAAUUAAGUUUAAGGAGAAUUAGAAGAUUUAUUGUUUAUAUUGAACAUUUUUUAAUACAGUGGUGGUAUUUGUGGUUGAUUUAAAUGCAAAGUAUAUAACAAAAAGACAUUUAUUAUAUGUCUAUGUAGUUCAGAAAAUUCAUAACUAAAUUUUGAAUCUAAAGGUUUGGUAUCUGAGUCAAAAACUUGGAGACUAAAACUCUAUAUUCAAAAUUCAUUACAGUAAGUUUUAGACCUUGGAUGUUUUCAAAACACAGUUAUGACAAGACAUUCGAAUCUGUAGUAUUUUUGGGAUUUAUAUCAAAAAAUGAUAAAUUAGGCGCAGUGUUGUAUCCUUUUUAUCUGUGUGCUUACUCUUGGUUAGAUACCAAGAAAUAUCAGUUGUAAAGCAUACUGCCAAGAUUAAUAUAGUUGUUACAAGUUAAAAAUACAGUUUACUUAUCAAUGGUUAGCAGGAAGUGUAUUUGUCUAAUUAACAGCAACACCAUUUUUGUAUGUUCACUUGUCAUAAUAAUUGCAACAGUCAAAUGACAAUUCACAGAAAUCCAUUUUGUUGAUUUAUCAUUUACUUUUCUUUUAUCUUAAGUGCUUGUUAAACUUUUAUAUAACUUUUCAGAAGAUUAAAGACUGGUUAAGUCUCAGAACUUCCAUAGAUGCCUCUAAUAGAAUUCGUAGAGGUUUUAUAUGUAGUGUAAGGAAGUGAAAACAAACACUUUCGAAUAGUUACAUUUGCACUGCAAAAAGUUAAUAGUAUCUUAAGUUAAUGUGUCUUUAUUUUCAAUGAUCCAUUGAUAAAAGUUAUUAAAAAGAUUAGACAAACAGGUCAAUUUUAAAACUAAUUUUAGACUGAAUGGUUCAAUAAUAUAUAUUUUACAUUCAGUUGUUAGGAUAAUCUGUUGGUAACAGAGGAAGGAAAUGACCUUGUUUAUAGAAAAAUCAAAACUAAAUAAUUUAAAAUGCAUUAACAAGAAUAACUGCAAUAUAUAGAAUACACAUGAAAAAUUUGUAUUUAUCAAUAUUAACUACUAUUACAAGCUUUUCUGUACAACUCCAGUUUUUUUCUUAAGUUUUGGAAAAUUAUUUCUUGUGAUUAGGUUCAACAAAUAAUUAAAAAAACUCAAUAUUUCUACACAGUUUCAGAAAUUUUGAAAAUUUAUGAUAUAUUCUUUCUCAAGCCAAUUGUCCUUACUACACACUAGUAUUUUUUUUAAUGUUGGAUUUAGCUUAAUACAUGUAUAAACCUCUUCCAGAAAAGAUUAAUACAUCAUUGUUACACAGUUCUUACUACUUGUUGGAAGUUUCAGAUUUUUGUAUUAUUUAUUCAGUGGCAUUAUUCCUUGAAUAAUAUUCAUACAAGAAAAUAAUAUAUUAAAUAGUCGUUUUAUCUACUUUAAAAUUUCACAUGUUGGGAAGUAUGGUUUGUUUGAAAAGUAAGCCACUGCAAUUUUGUAUUUUCCCCCCACAAAAUUACUGUUUGGAAAAAGUUCUUCCUAUUACAAAAAUGAAAAAAAGAUAUAAAUAGAAUUAUGAAAAAGGCACAAGUUUUUAAGAUAGCAGAGUUUUUUCCUUUUUUUUCUUCAAA